CCUUAAGUACUACUCAACUGUCAUUUACCUGAAAAAAGUGUAUUGCCGGGGUUACAUAUAAUCAACAUACUUAGUCUUUUUGAAACCACUUAUUGGUUUGUAGUAAAUAUACGGUUCAGUAGUUUACUAUUUAUAUUUUAACAAUACUUGUACAUAUGAACAUUACUUUUGACACAUAAUGAAAAAAAUAUUUAUACUAACAAAUCAAAAUCUAUUAAAAUUUUACACAUUUUAUUCUAUGUUUUUAAGACUUACUGUUUAUAGCAAUAAAUAAAGUGAAGAAGAACAAUUUUAUUAUUGUAUACAAUAUCAAAUACUAUAUUUUGUGAUUUAGUGUAGAGUUAAUUUUGAGUACAGUGAUAUAUAGUACAUAUAUUUUGUGCUUGCUUUUGGAAUGUCAGGAAGUGAUAGUCCUACAUUUUUUCACGGACAGCCGUGGUCAAAUUGGAUUGAAAGAAUUGGCCGAGAUAAACCACUAAGUGACGAUGAAUCGGAAGUUGAGCCCAGAAGUUCAGUUACACGACUCUCAGUGGACGACAUUGACCUGUAUGGAUUUUGUCCAGAAAGAGAUAGUUUUUACGGAGUGGUUUGUGAAAUAUGCAACGCUAUAGUGAAACCACAAGCUUUAAUUCAGCAUAUGGAAACUAGACAUCCAUCUGGUAUGGUAAAUCUUCCUCCACCUUCUAAUCCUAUUACUAAAUCUCCUAUGAAGACACCAUACUGUAAAUUAUCUAAAUUAAAAAAAAGUCAUUCAACGUCUCAGCUUCAAGUCAAUCAUACAUCCAUAAAAAGAAGUGGGGAUCACGACAGUAUACAGUCAACUAUAUCGCUUUCUGCUCCACAUUCUCCAUUGGAAACUUUAUCAGGACAUUCAUCAUUCUGUAAUACAGUCGUUUCCUCAAGCCCUAACAAAAGUCCAAUUACGGUUGGACAGACGAAAAGAAAAAGAAUUAAGGCAGAUCGUUCUCUGCUCAAGGAUAGAGAAUAUGAUCCCGAUAAACAUUGCGGUGUUUGGAAUGAUGAAACAUCAAAACCAUGUACUCGUUCUCUUACCUGUAAAGCGCAUACUGUUUCGUUACGACGGACUGUCAGUGGAAGAAGCAAAUCUUUUGACAAGUUAUUAGCAGAACAUCGUGCUGCAAAGGAAUUACCGUCCAGACCUGCAAAAUUUACUGUUACUGGCACAGUGACAGUGUCUUCUGACGUAACUAAUCUAAAAUCCUUAACUUCUAACACUCCCCUUUCUACAACAGAAACUGAUACCCCUAGUUCGCCGCCUGUUUUAUCACUGCCAGAUACUUACCCACUGCCACAGGCUGUUGAUUUGCUUUAUCGGUGUCUGGCCCCGCAUGGCUCCACUAAACCUACAAAACUGGAAGAUGAUUUUGCUAAUGAAGAACUAAGACUGGAAUCAACGUUAAAUAAAUCAACAAGCUCUACAACUGGCAUGACAACAUCAAUAUCAGUUGUUUUACCACCACUAUCACCAAGAUCAUCAAUAACCGAAGAAUCUCCAGUAGCUAUGUUGAUUCCAGUAACUAGCUCAUCAACAAUUCAAAUGGGAACAACGCUAUUGCCAGUUAGACAACCAAUCGUUACAAUGGCUCUUGAAGCAAAUGCGCCUAUGGAAAUUGAUUCUGUAAAUUCGUCUAUUUAUUCACCUGUCUCAAUGUACAAGGACAAUAAUCAUCUUGUACUUCAAUUGCCACGAUCAAAUAAUUCUCAACAAUCUAUUUCUAGAAACUAUCAAACUCAAACUUCAAUGUCUGUACUUAAUAUUUUCAAUCCUACGGAACAUAUGGAUUUUCAAAGAAAUCAAAUUAAUGGUAAAAAUGAUUAUAAUGAAGAUAAUCAGAAUAAUUCUGUAAGUCGUCAAGUGAAAAGAAGUAAACAUGAUUAUUGUCCAGAAUUCUCAACAGCUAUUCAAGUCGAAGCAACUACAACAUCAACUCCAUAUCCUCAUUUUGAGGAUAUUUCAUGGUCAAAUUGUCAUCCUGAACCAUUAGCCGUAAGCCGUUGGCUUCGAAUUACAUCUAGUCGAAAGCAGUAUAAUUUUAAUAUUCACUGACAUAAAAGCCCUCCCACUCCAGGCUAAAAAUUUUUACUGCAUUUAUCAUCUACCUCUCGUAUUAUACUUUCGUUUAUAUAUCUUUAGCCUGUUGAUAAGGGAAUAUCUUAAUUCUGUGUUGUCAACAUUCGUUGCUUAAGUUGAGAACAAUAUUGAAGAUAAAUAGAAAUUCAGAGUAUCAGGACAUUUAAGAUACGAAGGAGAACAUUAGACUAUUCAUGCAACGCGUACAAUGCUUUUUUAAAAACAUCCAUUAAUGUAGUGCUGAACAAUAUAUAUUGCCAUCGACAAAAAUUUUGCGAAUAAUGCGAGUCAUUGAAAAAUAUACUCGCAUUAAAAUUGAGAUCUACAAAAAUAAACGUAGAGACUUUUCUUUAUUGUUUUGGAAAGCUUAUUUAUUUAUUUCGAAUUUUUGACUCUGACUUCUUGAAUGGUCCAGAAAUAUUUAGACAGACGUCUGUUUAAUAUAAGUAAUCCGUGGAAUAAAAGGUUUCCAUUGAUCCCAAGAACAAUAAUAAAUGUUGCCAGGUUUUUUAGUAAUUAAAAAAAAUAGUGCGAAUGUACCUGUCGUAUCUUUUUAAUAUGUAUCAUUUUUUCGAAAUUUAAUUUCCAGCGCAAGAAAGAAAAAGUCACUAUGUUUUUAUAAAAGUUAUUUUUAUUUUUAUAUUUUUCAAUAACUCGCGACGUUAGCGUUUAAAAAAUUUCCGCCGGUAGUUUAUAUAUAUUAAGGUGAAAAAAUUUGUAUGAAUUUCAAAAAAGGGUCUGAAAUUGUUUUUAUAGAAGUUUAAAAAUUUUUUUGGAGUAGAAAAUUUUUUUUUGUAUUGUGGACAUCCCAAUAUACGUAAUAAAUUAAAAUAUGGGUUCACUGUUGUAAAUGUUCAAUUAUAAAUACUCUUUUUUUGUGACUGUUAUUGAAUACAUUUUGUAUAGAGACUAAGGCUGUGCAAUUUAAUUCCUAAAAUAAUUUGAUUAACGAACAUGUCUCCUAACAAAUUGAAUAAAAUAAAUUUAUGACUUCGAAAAUAACGUAAAAAUUGUAUUAAAAAAAAUCGUAAUUCUCAAUAUAAGAAAUAUUUUUUAAUUAAAAACUACACGGAGAGAACUCUGUUACUAAUAACGCACAAGUAGGUGCCAUUCGCUUUUCGUAACAGAAGCGCCUUGCUAAUUUAGGUCAGAUUCAUGCGUUAUGUGCAACACUAGUUUCAGUGCGCGAAUAGUAAAAGUCACGUACAAAUUCUCCACUCAACUGUUGCUACAAACGCUCCACACCUCUGUGUGCUGCAUUUGCUCGAAAUCCAUGAAAAAUCAGCAUGGAUUUCUUGCAAAUCGAGCUGAAACGUAACGCGCAGGCGUCGUGAAUUUCGUCAGUGAAAGAAAUCGAAACGCAUAGGAAUAGAAAUUCGUCACGCACGCGCGUUACGUUUUUCCUCGAUUUGCAAGAAAUCCAUGCUGAUUUUUCAUGGAUUUCGAGCAAAUGCAGCAAAGAAAGGUGUUGUGCAUUUUCGUCAUGUUUCUGGAGCGUUUGUUGCAUACACUUGUUGUAGAAUUAGUAUGUGGACUUAUACUAAUAUUUCACACAGCACCGUUUUGCUAUAAACUCAUAAAUUCGUGAAAAAAUAACUCCAGUCUCAAGCGAUAUUUCCAAAACAUAUUCUGUUGGAAAAAUAGUAACAGCCCGUCGUGCAAUAUUCGUAAGAGAGUUCUCUUCGUGUAUUUUUUUCUUUUUUCCACUAACGCAGUUUUGUUCAUUAGUAAAUAGUAAUUUUCUUAAUUUAUAAAACAUUUUUGUUUAGAUUUGAUAAUAGGAAAUUUUUUUUUAAAUCUAACAUAAUAUGUACAUAUUUGUAAUUGUUGUGAUUAUGUACAUAUGCCGAAUAGCGAUGUAACAUUAAACACCUCUCACAUAUUUUAUCAUUCUAGUCUAUAAUUAGUUAACCGAUUUUUUUAUUAAUAUUUUAUAAAUAUUAAUUUUUCUCAAAAAAAUGUUGAAAUUAGAUGCUUUCUACUGUAGUACAUUGUGUACUGUAUCAUCAGUAAUCAUCAUCUGAUUUCGAAUUUUUAUUUUCUAAAAAAAUGAUAAAAUUCUGAAAGGAAUGACGCUUAAACGAAGAGGUUAUAUUAAUCUUUGUGUUAGUUUUUUUUAACACUUUCUUUAAUUUUUAAUUAUAUUUACAAACAUGUUCUCCUUUAAAAGUUACCAGACAUAAGAGUUAAAAAUAAGAAUAAGCGUAUUCUAUAAGGAGGUAACAUGGAAGAUCUUAUUUAUUAUUCAUUUUUCGCAAAACAUAUCCGUAAUAAACCAUGUAAAUUGCAAAUUUUGUAAAGCGUAAUAUUACAUACCUCAGUAAUGCUCACGAUAAUGUAUGUGAAAUAAAAUGCUAAUAAGAAAUAUUUUAGAUUAUUCUAAAAGUUAAUGACACAUGACAUGUAACGGAUCAUGUGAAAAAUAUUUCAGGUUCUUCUACAAUACUUAAAAUGCAUCAAAUGGAACAAAGUGAGAGGUGUUUUUUUUUUAAUAAUAAAUUUUAUAUUUCUGGUUGUGAAGUUAAUUAUUUCAUUAAAAAUUUUUUUUUUAACACAAUGGACUAAAAAUUUGGGAUAUUAAAGGACACAAAAAUAGUUUGUGUCAAUAUUUAUAUGAUCAAAUAUCUCGAAUCUUUAAUUUUGACUUCGAAAAAAAAUGUAAUGGCAUAUAAAUAAAAAUUUGUAUAUAAGUUAAGAUAAUCGAAGAGAAUUAAAUUUUAUACUUGAACAUAUAACA